UUUUUUUAAAUUUUUUUCGAUUGAUGGGAGGAUGUGUGAGUAGUAGAGAUGUAGACGUUGAAAUUGAUGGAAAACUGUUACGCUUGAAAAGAGUAAUUGCUACAGGAGGAUUCAGUCAAAUUUACCUGGCAGAGGAAGCUUCAAACAACGAAAAAUUUGCAAUCAAGAAAAUUCUCUGUCAUGGGCAAGAUGAAAUUAAAUGUGUUAGGAGGGAGAUUGAGCUGCUCACUCGUUUUGCUCAUUUACCGCACAUUUUACCAUUCUUGGGGGUUGCAGAAGGCCGCUCUGUUGAUCCAACUUUUGCAGAAUUCUGUAUGGUUUUUCCUUUCUGCCGCCGUGGAUCGUUACAAGAAGAUUUGGCUAAUCGACGACAAAAUAGACAAUUUUUUGAAAGAAAAGUUUUGCUUGAAUUUUUUAGACAGAUUAGCGAAGCUAUUGAACAUUUGCACAGUGCUAAACCUGCAAUAGCUCACAGAGAUUUAAAACCCGGCAAUUUAAUGUUCUAUCAAGACUUUUAUACACUUCAAUUAAUCGACUUUGGUUCAGCAAUGGAAUGCCCUUUAGUUAUUUCAGAUGCCUUAACUAGCAGAAAAAUGUUGGACGAAGCUGGUCAAUAUUGUACAAUGCCUUAUAGAGCACCAGAAUUGUUUACUUGUGAAGUUGGAAUGGAAAUAGACGAAUCUGUUGAUAUUUGGUCGCUUGGUUGUGUAUUUUAUGCCCUUUGUUAUUUUGUUUCACCCUUUGAUGAAGUACAUGAACGAGGAGAUAGCGGUUAA